GGUGUUCCAUGAACACAGUUCCCUCGAUUGGUGCCCUGGAUGGAUUCGCCUCCCACCAGUUAUGCUCAGUAGCCACUCUAGGCUGUUUCUGUAUUGGAAAGAAUGAUGGUCCCAGAGUUUUUAAAGAGGCUGGGUUGUCUGGAAACUGAGUGCAUUUUCCCUUAGAAGCAAUAUUUCUUGUCUGUAAUUCUUACCACUGGAGCUCUUUUAAGAAUAUGCAUGCCCAGUCCAUAUUUUGGAUCCACUGAAUCAUAGUGUUCAGAGUACGUGGGGUGGGAUAUGUAUUUGGAAAAAGCUACCCAGAUGCACCCUGACUCCCCCGAUGGUUGUCUUUACAUGUACCCUUACCCUGCUUACAUUACUUACAGAGGACUUGGGUCCCCAAACUAUCCUGCAAAGUCUAUUAAGACUCCAAUAUAUAAGCAUGGUCUUAAGAAAAGAGGAAGAGACAGAACUGUUUCUACCUUUUCAUCUUGGGUGCCUAAGCUUUCCCUGGGCUCAUAAUGCUGGUGUUAUUCCAUGCUGGUUGUAGCCCUGGGCACAAGGCAGCUGAAGAAAUCAGUGCUGGAUUGGUUCCGAGUAAAAGGAUGGCGUAUGUAUCCAGCUCACUUUCUCUGAUAAACAGUACCUUUUACUGGAUAUUCUCCAAGUGUGGCAAGGUUUUAAAGGUUACUGUUAUGAAAGAAAAAGAUAGAAGAGGCCAGGUGUGGUGGCUCACGCCUGUAAUCCCAACACUUUGUGGGGCUGAGGCGGGUGGAUCACUUGAGGUCAGGAAUUCAAGAUCAGCCUGACCAAUAUGGUGAAACCCUGUCUCUACUAAAAAAUACAAAAAAUUAGCUGGACAUGGUCCUGUGCACCUGUAGUCCCAGCUACUCAGGAAGCUGAGGCAAGAGAAUAGCUUGAACUCGAGAUUAUGCCACCAUACUCCGGCCUAGGUGACAGAGCAAGACUCAAUCUCAAAAAAAAAAAGGAAGAAUGGUGUCUGAGAGUUGGAUUUAUUUUCUUUUUGGAUAGGACUCUGCAUAAAACUAGACCAGGCCAUUAAACAGCCAACAGUUAUUUGGUCCAGUAACAAAAGCAAGCAUUGCUAUUGACAGCUAAAGAGCAGCUAAAUUCAUCUGAAGGUAAAACUCCUUGGAUGAAUUUGGGUCUAAUGAAUGUAGGGAAAAUAGACACUUAGUUUCUACCUAUCUUGAAAAUAUGCAUGGAGAAUCUGAACCACCACAAAGGAAGAGAAAAAGAAAAGAGAGACAAUCCCCAGUCGUGGAGAAGUAAGGAAGUAGGAGGAAGCGAAGACCAUGAGUGUACCAGUCUUUGUGUGGACAUAUGUUUUCAUUAGGAGUAGAAUUGCUGAGUAUCAUGUGGAUGCCUGGACUUUGGCCUUUUCUCCUGAUUCCCAGUAUCUGGCCACAGGAACUCAUGUCGGCAAAGUGAACAUUUUUGGUGUGGAAAGUGGGAAAAAGGAAUAUUCUUUGGACACGAGAGGAAAAUUCAUUCUUAGUAUUGCAUAUAGUCCUGAUGGGAAAUACCUAGCCAGUGGAGCCAUAGAUGGAAUCAUCAAUAUUUUUGAUAUUGCAACUGGAAAACUUCUGCAUACCCUGGAAGGCCAUGCCAUGCCCAUUCGCUCCUUGACCUUUUCCCCGGACUCCCAGCUCCUUGUCACUGCUUCAGAUGAUGGCUACAUCAAGAUCUAUGAUGUACAACAUGCCAAUUUGGCUGGCACACUGAGCGGCCAUGCCUCCUGGGUGCUGAACGUUGCAUUCUGUCCUGAUGACACUCACUUUGUUUCCAGUUCGUCUGACAAAAGUGUAAAAGUUUGGGAUGUUGGAACGAGGACUUGUGUUCACACCUUCUUUGAUCACCAGGAUCAGGUCUGGGGAGUAAAAUACAAUGGAAAUGGUUCAAAAAUUGUGUCUGUUGGAGAUGACCAGGAAAUUCACAUCUAUGAUUGUCCAAUUUAAACAUCAAAGUCUCCAGGCUUAUGCUGCAAAGAGAAUGUACGGAUUGAUCAUGACAUUCCUUACCUUUUUAGGCUUGUUUAAAAGAAAUAUAGCAUUUAUUGUAGCAAAGACUUAAAUGUUGUAGAUACAAUAUGAAUCUUUUCAUGUUUUAUUGGAAAUGCUGUUCAUACUUUAACAUAAAGCUUUCUUAAUGCAAA